AUGACAAAUCAGCAUCAUCAUCAUCACCAUAAUCAUCAUCAUCAUCAUCAACAACAACAUGAUCAUUCAACACAACAUAAAUCAAAAUUAUCAUCAUCAACUUCAAAAUCAACUAAAAAGACAAGAGAAGAAUUACUACAAGAUUUUGAGAAUGAUUUAAUAAAAUUUGAGUCAAUGUCAAUAAAAAUAGAUGGUUAUGAACAACCUCUUGUUUUUACAAGAAAUAUGGAUCCAAUGCCACAAAAGCUUCAUUUUAUUUUACCUGAAUAUUGUGUUUAUCAUUUAAGUAUAAAAUAUAAAGUUAAACAAAGACCAUUAAAUAAAUUAUCAUAUCAUCAAACUGUUAAAAAAUCAGGUAUUAUUGUAGAUUCAAGAGAUUUACCAAUGAAUGAUAUUGCUAAUGUUAAUAAUCCUCAAGAUGAAAAUGAUUAUCAUGAAAUUACUUUUAUACCUGCUGGUACUCCAGGUGGAGCAUUUUUAAGAGGUGAAUAUCCUGCAAAAUCAACUAUAAAAGAAGAUGGUAAAACUAUUUGGUCAUAUAAAUGGACUUUAAAAAUUACUAAAAAAGCUGAUAAACCAGAAAUUGGAGGGUUUGAAUAG